AUGCGCCCCCCGGCCCGGGCCGCGCUGGGGCUGCUGCCGGGGCUGCUGCUGGGGCUGCUGCUGGGGCUGCCCCGCGAGGCCUCCCCGAAGCCGACGCCCUGCAGGCGCUGCCGGGAGCUGGUGGACAAGUUCAACCAGGGAAUGGUGGACACGGCCAAGAAGAACUUCGGCGGCGGGAACACGGCCUGGGAGGAGAAGUCGCUGUCCAAGUACGAGUCCAGCGAGGUCCGCCUGCUGGAGAUCGUGGAGGGCCUGUGCGGGAGCAGCGACUUCGAGUGCAACCGCCUGGUGGAGGAGCACGAGGAGCAGCUGGAGGCCUGGUGGCUGCGGCUGAAGAAGGAGCACCCUGACUUGUUUGAGUGGUUUUGUGUGAAAACGCUGAAAGUUUGCUGUUCUCCGGGCACCUAUGGCCCCGACUGCCUCGCGUGCCAGGGCGGGUCCGAGCGGCCCUGCAGUGGGAACGGGCGCUGCAGCGGAGACGGCAGCCGGGAGGGCGACGGGUCCUGCCAGUGCCACCUGGGCUACCGCGGGGCCCUGUGCACCGACUGCAUGGACGGCUACUUCAGCGCCCUGCGGAACGAGACGCACAGCGUCUGCACAGCCUGCCACGAGUCCUGCAAGCUGUGCACCGGCCCCACCAGCAGAGACUGCACCCAGUGCCAGGCCGGCUGGGCCCAGGAGGACGGCGCCUGCGUGGACGUGGACGAGUGUGCGGCGGAGACGCCCCCCUGCAGCGAGCAGCAGUUCUGCCAGAACGUGGGCGGCUCCUUCCAGUGCGAAGAAUGUGACCCCACCUGUGUGGGCUGCACGGGAAAGGGCCCGGGACAGUGCAAGGAGUGCAUCGCCGGCUACACGAAGGAGAGCGGCCAGUGUGCAGACGUGGACGAGUGCUCGCUGCCAGAGAAGCCCUGCCUGAGGAAACACGAGAACUGCUACAACACGCCUGGCAGCUACGUGUGCGUGUGCCCCGAAGGCUACGAGGAGACGGAGGACGCCUGUGUGCAGGCAGCGCAGCCAGCUGGGGAGGAAGCCACAGCGGAGACCCCCACAGCGCCGCCCUCCCGCGAGGACCUGUGA